CUGUGUAUUUUUUGGGGGGUGCGGGUUUGUGUGUGCGUGUGUUUAAAAGACAAGAGGUGUGUGUGUGUGUGUGUGUGUUUGUGCCCUUGCAGUACAGAGGACUGAUACCACCCCAGGAUGCAUCAGCUGCUAGUGGUGACCUCGGUGCUGGUGGCACUCUGCUCUCUAGGGAGUGUGGAUUCUUCAGCUUAUGACAAGAUAGUCACUCACAGUCGCAUACGGGCCAGGAAAGAAGGACCCCAUGUGUGCGCUCUGCAGCAGGUCGAGGGGACUAAAAAGAAAUACUUCAGCACAUGUAGGAACUGGUACAAAGGCUCCAUCUGUGGAAAGAAGGCCAUCGUCCUAUAUGAAUGCUGUCCUGGGUACAUUAAGCUGGAGGGCAUGAAAGGAUGCCCUGCAGUGGCUCCCAUUGACCAUGUCUAUGGUACGCUGGGGCUCGUAAAGGCUACGGCAACACAGCAAUACUCUGACAUUUCCAAGCUGAGAGAGGAAAUUGAAGGCAAAGGCUCUUUCACCAUGUUUGCACCAAGCAAUGAUGCCUGGGAUCAGGUGGAAUCUAGUGUACGGUCUGCACUGGUGAGCAACGUGAACAUCGAGCUGUACAACGCUCUUCACUACCACAUGGUGAACCGUCGUCUUUUGACCAAAGACUUGAAGAACGACAUGACUGUCACUUCCAUGUACAAUAAACUGGGGCUCUACAUCAACCACUACUCAAAUGGGAUUGUGACAGUGAACUGUGCCAGGAUCAUCCAUGGUAAUCAGGUGUCCACAAAUGGUGUGGUGCACGUCCUUGAUCGGGUCAUCUCCAGUGUCAACAACAACAUCAAGGAAGUCCUGGAUGUCGACGAUGAGCUCUCAAGCUUUAGAGAUGCGGCAAUAACUUCUGGUUUGAUGGACAAGCUGGACCAGCCUGGCCACUUUACUCUGUUUGCUCCCACUAAUGAUGCCUUUGACAAAUUGAAGCCAGGCUACCUGGAGCGUAUCAUGGGAGACAAGGCUGUUAUUGCAGCUCUGGUGAAUUACCACCUGUUGAACAGUGCCCAGUGUUCUGAAGCAAUCAUGGCAGGGUCUGUGUUUGAGACCGAAGAGGGCAGCACCAUAGAAAUCGGCUGUGAUGGCGACAGUCUGACGGUCAAUGGAAUCAAGAUGGUGCUGAAGAAGGACCUUGUCACCACCAAUGGCGUCAUUCACUUAAUCGACCAGGUGCUCAUCCCUGACUCAGCCAAGGAAGGGAUUGAGCUGAUGGGAGACUCCCUGAGCACUUUCAACGAAUUGGUAUCCGAAUUGGGUUUAGCCGCUGCCUUGGGCCCAAAGACAGAGUACACUCUCCUUGCUCCCGUCAACGCUGCCUUCACUCAUGAGGUGAUGUCAACGGACCAGAGCCUGCUGAGAUUCAUUUUGGAAAACCACAUCUUGAGGCUGAAAGUUACACUGAGUGAGCUCUAUAAUGGACAGCUGCUCGAAACACUGGCUGGCAAACUGCUCAGAGUCUUCAUUUACCGCACUGCUGUGUGCAUUGAAAACGCAUGUAUGGUGCGAGGCAGCAAAGAGGGAAGCAAAAGUGCCCUCCAUGUUAUAAGGUCCAUCAUCAAACCGGCCGAGAAAACCAUCUAUAAGCUCCUGAUUGAUAACGGACAGUUCAAGAUUUUCCUGGCGCUGAUGGAGACAGCAGGUUUGACUGAUCUGCUGAAGCAGGAAGGCUCGUACACCAUCUUUGCACCGACUGACGAGGCCUUUGAUAGUCUCAGUAGAGAGGACUUUGCUCUGCUCAAAAGUGAUCUGAAUGCUUUGAGGAUGAUUCUGUUGUACCACUUCAGCAAUGGCAUCUUCAUCAAUGGAGGAUUAGAGGGAGGAGUUACGAAUCUGCUCAAAACCCUCCAGGGCAGAAACCUGCAAGUUAUGUCUGUAAACAAUUCUAUUCACGUGAACUCUGUGAAUGUGCCAGACAGCGAUCUGAUGGCGACAAAUGGUGUGAUCCAUGUGGUGAAGAAUGUUCUCUAUCCUGCGGACCUUCCUGUGGGCCGCCAGGACCUCCUGGUCAUCCUGAAGAAGCUUAUUAGGUACAUCCAGAUAAAGUAUAUUUCUGGGUAUUCUUAUGAGGAGAUCCCACUCACCUUCAUCAAGAGGAUCAUCACAACUACACACUAUCAUGAAACGGGUAAGACUACUAUCACUAACCAAUGA